UGACGUAGGCAGUACGCAUGCGCGCGCAUCUCGGCGGCGGAAGUUAUGUUUUCUUUCUCCCUCUAACUUCUUAGUCGAUUCAAAUUAUUUUUAACAAAAUGGUAAACUGUUGUAUUUUAGACUGUAAAAGUGAUUGUUCUCCAAUCAGUGGAGUGAUAUUCUACAAAAUACCGUCAGGGCAACGACAUUUUCAGCGCGAACGGAGGCAUUUGUGGAAACAAGCGAUCCAACAGGCGAACGGCAGCAUGGUGCUCGAUAGAAAUUCUCGUAUUUGUAACGCUCAUUUCAUCUCAGGAAAGGCAUCCAUGGAUCGGAACAAGCCUGACUAUGUGCCCUCUGUGUUUACACACACUAAAAGAUGCACUAGUCCCAGCAGAAGAAAGAAACAGUUUUCCAGCCGUAGAAAAAGGCACAGACCUACAGCCAAUGCCGCGACAGAGGAGCAGAAACCUCCACCGAGAGCUGACUCGCCCACAGGCCCCCAAUUCUCUGAUUUGAUUGAGGCCGAAAGUAAAGUUUCAGUGCACUCUCCGUCAACCACAUCACUGUCAAAGGCGUUGAAGAAGCCAAAUCUUCUCUCUCCUUGCGUCAUCUUGAAAAGAAAAAUGCCAUCUUGGGAGGUUGAGAUCAAAGAUAAAAGAGAUCCAGUCCAGUCGCCAGCUAAAUCCAUCCCAGAUGUAGCGUCCCCGUCCCCGACGGCACCGGCAGGCAUCCCCGAACUGGACAAAAGGAGGCCCGUGGUGCUCCUAAAGCCCCUACUGCUACCAGCAGGAGGCUACCUGUGCGAGCUGUGCGGCCGGACCUUUGCCCACGCCUCGCAGCUGCUGACCCACAAGAAGCUGCACGACGAGCAAACGGACUCCGUCUCCGGGGGGGGCGACCCGGCCCACGAGCAAACGGACUCCGACCCGGCCCACGAGCAAAUGGACUCCGUCUCUGGAGGGGCCCACGAGCAAACGGACUCCGUCUCUGGAGGGGCCGACCCGGCCCACCAGCAAACGGACUCCGACCCGGCCCACAAGCAAAAAGACUCUGGAGGGGCCAACCCAGCCCACGAGCAAACGGACUCCGUCUCCGGGGGGGCCGACCCAGCCCACGAGCAAAUGGAGUCCGUCUCUGGAGGGGCCGACGAGCAAACGGACUCCGUUUCCGUUUGGGCCGACCCGGCCGCGGCCCCCCCCGCCCCCGGGGGCCAGCCCGAGCCGUCCUUUCCGUGCAACCUGUGCGACCGCGUCUUCGCCUCGGCUCAGAACCUGAAGCGCCACAAGCUGCUGCACGUCAGGGACGGACGGAAGUGCCCCAAGUGCGGCGUCCUGUUCUGCCGCCGCCACGGCCGCGUGGCCGUCCAGCCCAAGGCCGAGUGCAAGACCGAGUCCGACGAGGACUACUCCCCGGCCGAAGGGCCGGAGCGAGACGCCCCCUGCCCGGGAAAGCGGGCCCCGGACUGCCUGGCCCCGAACAUCCAGCCCGUAAAGGUUGAGAGCGCUCCGAGCCCACCCGUCCUCCGUCCAGCACCUUUAAUUCUCAUUCCUGUGUUUUUCCCCAAGCCCCCCCCCCCGCCCUCUCAGAGCAUCGUCUCUCCCUCUGAGUCGGCGAAACCCUCCGCCGUGCCCCGUCCGACCACACCGAUCCUCCUGCUGACCGCCGAACCAGAAGACUCGUCUCCACCCGUUUCACCCGCAAAGCCUCCGCCCCCCCCACCCCCCAGUCUCCCGCCCUCCCUGAAGAUGUUCUCGCCCGAGUACCUCACCUCGGCAUUCCUCGAAGUUCAAAGAAAUUAUAAAUACAUUUUGAGAAAGUCUCAGAAAGGUGCGAGGAAGAAGCCGGACGAUUCGGCCGAGCCUUCUUCUAGGCGGCAAGCCGUUAAGCCGCCCAAAAAGGAGAAAAUAGCCUACGACCUGGAAGUUGUGCUGUGA